CAAAACAAGAGGAAGAAGAAAGAACGGCUGAACAGCCAGGGUCUGAAGGGCUAGGCUAACAAGCUAACGGUUACCAGUUGGUCAACGGCUGUUUUUUUUUAGCGAUGGUUUCCCGGAAAAAACAAGAGGAAUAAGAGAGGGAACAUGGAGAGCAUCUGGGAUUUAAUUCCGAGCUCUUUGGGUUAUUUACACCUGGAGACCCAUAGUGGAGGAUCGGCUUGUUUUCACCGUGGACAGAUGACGACGUUUGCUGCGUUUCAGUGUCUGAAACCCGGACGGCGGUGAUGCUGUUAACCGCUGGUGACAUGUUCUCAGAAUUUGGAUGAGAACUAAAGUCUCGUUAUUGUAAACAGGCGUGGGAGGAACGAGAUUACAUGUAACGAGAUUACGUAAUCAGGAUACCAAAACAAAGGGGCCGUUAUUCCACAUCAUGAAGAACUGCGAGUAUCAACAAAUUGACCCCCGGACGCUUCCGACCCCGACCCCCACCCCGACCCCGACCCCUCAUCACGGGCCGGACGGUGACAGACCCGAGGAGCCGAGAGGAAGACCCAGGAGGAAGUGGCACGUGUUCCCGGGAAAGAACCGGUUCUACUGCGAUGGACGGAUCAUGGUGGCCCGGCAGAGCGGCGUGCUGCCCCUCACCCUGGGCCUCAUCCUCGUCACCAGUGGACUGUUCUUUAUUUUUGACUGUCCCUUCCUGGUCAAACACCUGACCAGCUGCAUCCCUGUGAUUGGAGGAUUCCUCUUUGUGUUUGUGGUCAUCACGCUGCUCCAGACCAGCUUCACCGACCCCGGCAUCCUGCCCCGAGCAACGCCGGACGAGGCGUCAGACAUCGAGAAACAGAUCGACAACACGGGGAACACCAGCUAUCGGCCCCCUCCUCGCACCAAGGAGGUGGUCAUCAACCAGCAGGUGGUGAAGCUCAAGUACUGCUUCACCUGCAAGAUGUUCCGGCCCCCCCGCACCUCCCACUGCAGCCUGUGUGACAACUGUGUGGAGCGGUUCGACCACCACUGCCCCUGGGUGGGGAACUGUGUUGGAAAACGCAACUACCGCUUCUUCUACACCUUCAUCGUGUCGCUCUCCUUCCUCACAGCGUUCAUCUUCGGCUGUGUGACCACACACCUGGCUUUGAGAGCUCAGGGUGGGAAAGGCCUGGUGUUCGCCCUGCAGGAGAGUCCCGGCAGUGCAGUAGAGCUGGUCAUCUGCUUCUUCUCCGUCUGGUCCAUUUUGGGCCUCUCAGGCUUCCAUACAUAUCUGGUAGCUUCCAACCUGACCACUAACGAGGACAUUAAAGGCUCGUGGUCGGGGAAGAGUGGAGAGGAUGUGACCAACCCGUACAGCCAGAGGAACAUCUUUGUGAACUGCUGCUCUGUGCUCUGUGGACCCAUGCCCCCCAGCCUGAUCGACAGACGGGGCUUCCUGCCGGCGGAUGAGUCGGUGCAGACGGCCGCCGCUGACAUCGAGCUGCCCACCCUGGCCACUAAGAGCGAGAUAAACGUGUGCACACAGGGAACUAAAGGUCUGCUGGAGUCGGCCACUCUCCCCCCUCUCCUCUCCACCUCGUGUCCUCAGGGGAAACCUCCCACAGACCCCACGGGGAACUUUGACCCCUCGCCGGAGAUCUCCACAAGUUGCGGCGGGGCCCGACACACCCAUCACUCCCGAGGCCGCGCAUCUACGCCUCGCCACUCUAAGACUCGGUCAAAGAAAAGCAAACGAGCAGCUUUGCAGAUCGCCAACCCUUCCUUCGAUGUCCCCGUGUCCCCCACCUCUCCGGACGCUGGCCCCAGCUCCACAGCCAGGGGCCACGAAGGCGCCAGCUUUUCACAUUUGCACUGACUAAGUGAAUACACACGUUGUUUGAAGCUUGCAUGCUGUAACACAGUCAGAUACAAAUGAGUUAAACAUGUUUGUUGUUUAGUUAGUUCUUUCAAAGAUCUGGAAGAUAUGCAUUUGUGUGUUCAAUAGAGUGAUGCAGUGAUGGCGUAUAUCUUCUAGGCCGACCCGGAAGUAAGUGCUCCCUCAACAAAAAUCCAAUGGAAUUCAACCAAUUGGAUUCUGGAUUAGUACAGAAAAUAGGAUUUUACACGUUUAGUUCAGCAGGAUAAUCUCCCACACCACGGUAUGAUUUCUGAAGUAAAAAGCUAACAUUGGGCUAUAAAGGAACUACAGCACGGUCACAUGACUUCAGGUCACCACCGCUAAGCUAAAGGAGGCUAAUGUUGGGCUAUAAAGGAACUACAGCACGGUCACAUGACUUCACGUCACCACCGCUAAGCUAAAGGCGGCUAAUGUUGGGCUAUAAAGGAACUACAGCACGGUCACAUGACUUCACAUCACCACCGCUAAGCUAAAGGAGGCUAAUGUUGGGCUAUAAAGGAACUACAGCACGGUCACAAGUUGCUAAAGAUCUCAAGUGCUAAAAUGCUGACUUAUUUCCGGGUUUUAGGACUCAUUCCUGCAUCACUCUAUUUGUUGUGGCAAUAGAAAAACUAGAGGAGAUGAAUUCUGUCUGUAAAGAAUGCUAAAAGCACAUGGACAGAUUACAUAUGUACGAUGGAGGAGCUGUUCUGGUAGAGCCAUAUGCCUUUCUGAUGAUCCUCAUGUAUAACAUGAAUUUUACCAGCAUGUCAGAUCCAUCAAAUGUUGUGAAAUAGUAGCUUUGAUGAACAAACUGGGAGCUUGAAAAGCUUUGUGUGGUCUUUAAGGGGGAAAGUCCGUCCCAGAUAUAGAAUUCACAUGUGUAAUUUUUCUAUAACGUUGUGCGAUUUAUAGCGUGAUCUUCAGCCAGUUCUCUGCUUAAGCUAAACAGCAGAGAGACAGUCUGUACUGGUGAGGUCAUCCGGAGACAGUGGAAAAUGGAACAAGUCAUUGAAGCGUUUUCAAGGAUAUGAGGAAGGAUUUGAGGGGAUGAAACUCCCCUUACAUGUACAGAUGGGUGACAAAUUAAAGCUCAUUUUGUCCCAGGUUCUUGUAGCAGGGUAGUCUGACACUGGGCUCAGAGCAUUGUCUAAAAAAUGUGAAUGUUUUUACUUCCAAUGGCACAAUCACAUACAGUAUCCAUACUCAAACGCAUACAGACGCAAUCAAUUAGCACGGGGUUUCCCAAAUGACACAAUUAAGGGAGAAAUCUGCAGGAUUUGCACGUAACGCUAAACCAAUCAGUGAAGAGGUUUGUCCUGCUGUUGUUGAAUAAAAAUGUAGGAGAAAGAAAGUAUAAUUAUUGAGGCCAACAGUGGGCAUUACUAUCUUAAAUGCUUCAUGUUUACACACUAUAUUAAAGAAGCCCAUAUGUAGUCCUCUAUGUGCAGGAACAUUGAGGCUGUUUUUGUACCUUUUUCAGAUGACAUGUUGAUGAUGUUGCUUGUCAUCUCUGGAAAUGACCCGACACACUAUACCUUCAGACUUUUUUCAAAUUGGCAUCAUGAUGUUGCUAAUUCUGUAGUCAGUUUACUUCAAUACAUCUGUUGGUGUGUAUUCGUCUCACACAGCUGUGGCAAACCAGACUGACACAUCGCUCCAGCAUUAAUAAAAGAUCCAGUCACUUAGCAUGUAAUUCUCAUGCUGGAUACACAUUCAGUCAGGAUGUAUUUGUCGCCUAUCUGUUAUAUUUCACAGUUCCAAGUUUAAUUAUCAUUCGACCAGCCAAACACAAAUAUUGUCCCACAUUUCUGCGUUUAUUUACGAUCCAAAAUGUAAAAACUGCACAUGUGAGUUCAGUUUUUGUGGUGGUUUUCCCUUUAUCUUUGUACAAAAAGCACAGUUGUAUUGGUGUGUACAGAUGUUUAUGCUUCAUAACUGGCAGUGAAUGCAACAGCAUGAUAAUGACUUUAGACAUACUUUAUUUUGAUCUUACUCCAGCACAACACUCCUGAGGCCCUGACCCACUUUUUGUUGGACAGCUGUGAUUUGUGAACCUGAACUGAAGAAGUGUUUGUCUGUUCUGCAUCACCUCCUGUUUUUAUUUAUAAAUAUCUCACAAUCAUUUAGAGCUCUCACUUUGUGUCAGCACACAGCAACACCUGUUCUCUCGCCCUUCCUUUUACUCGGUGUGUUUUGACAAAUCUAUGAAUGUGAACGGUGGGUGUAUGGAAGCCUGUAGGGGUUCAAAUGUACGUUUUGAAAUGAGAAAAGCUGAUGUAAAAUCUAAUCCCUACCUGAAAACCCGUCUUGGUGACAGACAUUACACAUUGCAUUUUCAUUUUGACGCCACAAGGUAAUAUUGUAGUGGUAACGGCAGCAGACAGGGGGCGCUGUUCAGCUUAUUGCAUUUAAAUACUGCCCACUGUAAAGCAGGUUCAAUGAUUUGAAAAUAGCCUUUUGAUUUGAAUUGUGUAUUAAAUAAUGCUUUCAUUGAAGCAGAUAAUAUUAAAGUGUUUGUAUUGGAUUUUAAUUUAGCUAAAUUGAUUUAAAACAGUCAUAUUUUCCACUGGAAGCAGGUUAAAUCUUAAAAAAAAAAAAAGAAA